GAAAGAGACGGGUCCGGCCUGCCCCCGGGGCGGGGCGCUUGGGAAGACAACAGCCCAAGCCCGACAGAAGAAGAAGAAGAAGAGGAAGGAGCAGCAAGAGCAGCAGCAGCAGCUCGCUGCCGGAGGGAGCCGCGCGGAGUCCAGCCAAGCAGCUUAGAUGUCCAUGAGGAGCCCUGCCUCUCCUCAGCUGGAGCUCAAUGGAGCUGAGAACAUGGUGAACUGUGCUAUUAAAACAGAAGAGAAGAACGAGAGCUGCUACAGGUCUACACAGGAGGAAGCAGCUAGCACCACACUCGGCUCUGACAAACCGCACCAAUUGCCAUCACCGCUGAGUGAAGUUAUCGACCCCCCAACCGUCACACAGGAAUCUUCAUCUCCAGUGGACAAGGCAAUAGAUUCCAGGAACCCUGCGAUCGAGUCAGCAGUUAGCAACCGGGAAAAAUUGGAUUUCAAUAGAAACUUAAAAGAAGUAAUGCCAACCAUUGAGAAAUUACUGUCCAGUGACUGGAAAGAGAGACUUCUAGGGAAAAGUCCCAUGGAAUCUAAAGAGGUGAAAGGAACCCAAGAAAGCCUGGCAGAGAAGGAGUUGCAGCUGCUGGUCAUGAUUAACCAGCUGUCCAUCCUGCGGGACCAGCUGCUGACGGCCCAUUCAGAGCAGAAGAACAUGGCAGCUAUGUUGUUUGAGAAGCAGCAGCAACAGAUGGAACUGGCGAGGCAGCAACAGGAACAGAUUGCCAAGCAACAACAACAGCUUAUUCAGCAGCAACACAAGAUCAACCUGCUACAACAGCAGAUCCAGCAGGUCAACAUGCCCUAUGUAAUGAUUCCAGCCUUCCCCCCCAGCCACCAGCCUCUUCCCGUCACCCCAGAUGCUCAAAUGACACUUCCCAUUCAACCAAUCCCUUGCAAACCAGUGGAGUACCCCAUGCAGCUUCUGCACAGCCCGCCUCCAUCAGCCCUGAAGAGACCUGCAAGCUCAGGCCACCUACAGAGCCAGGAAUCUUCACAGCCACUGAACUUAACAGCAAAGUCCAAAGGCUCUGAGCUCCCCAAUGCCUCCAGCUCACCUAGUCUCAAGAUCAGCAGCUGUCAGUCCCUCACUCCUAACCAUGGAGUUUCGCGGGAGUUGCAGGCCAGCCCGCCCAGCCUCCCUUUGGGGUUCCUUGGAGAGGGAGAUGCUAUAACCAAAGCAAUCCAGGAUGCUCGGCAGCUUCUACACAAUCAAAGCAGAGUGAUCGAUGGCUCUCCAAAUCAUCCCUACAGGAAAGACCAUGCCAGCAUGGAUUCUUCACCCGCAAAAGAACAGGCUGAGGAGACUUCCUUGCAGAGGCUGGAUGAGUCCAUGUUAACCUGUGAUGGGGAUGCCUCGCGUCAUUUCCCCGAAUCCAGGAACAACAACCACAUCAAGCGCCCCAUGAAUGCCUUCAUGGUGUGGGCCAAGGAUGAGAGGCGCAAGAUCUUGCAGGCCUUUCCAGACAUGCACAAUUCAAGCAUCAGUAAGAUUCUAGGCUCCCGGUGGAAAUCAAUGUCGAACCAGGAGAAGCAGCCCUACUAUGAGGAGCAGGCGCGGCUCAGCCGCCAGCACCUGGAGAAGUAUCCCAAUUACAAAUACAAGCCCCGCCCCAAGCGCACCUGCAUCGUGGAAGGGAAGCGGCUCCGCGUUGGUGAAUACAAGGCACUGAUGAGGAACCGGCGCCAGGACGCCAGGCAGGGCUACCUGAUUGCGCCCCAAGGCAGCCAGAUGCCACCCUCCUCUUCAGACCUCAUGUACCAGCGAUCAGUUGGGAUUCAGCUGGCUCCGCCCCUGAUGGAUCGCUACUUGCCCCGUGGAAUGGAACCAAACAUGCCGGUCAUAGUCAACACACGUAGCUUGAAGCCAGAGGAAGGGGACGGGGCUGAGGACAGUCAUUCAGUGCCUGAUGGGGAGAUGUACCACUACAGUGAAGACGAGGAUUCGGAGGGCGAAGACAAGAGUGAUGGUGAACUGGUGGUUCUCACAGACUAAGCCGAGGGCGCUGUGGGGGACGCACGUGUGGUGGUGGGCACUUUGCCGGCCUUUGCCCUCUUCUUUCCUGCACAAAACCACGA